CCAAUAGGGCGUGAUGCUCGUCCCAGGGCUUGCAGCAACUCGCUCCCCUUCGCCGCGCGAUGGCCAUGGUCCCUUUCCCUAUCGGGAUCAUUCGAUCAGACUGUUGGCGACUAUCGCCCAGUGAGGAGACGUCUCUCUCGUGGGAUAGGUAAGCCGAGUCUCCGCUGGAAACGGAUGGGGGCCAUACCUACCAUGCGCAGAGGCGCCCCGCGGAGCCGGUAGACGUAGCUCGCAUGUCUGUCCGUCUCUACGAAGACGAAGGCGCCGCGGUAUAAGGAUAACACUAGCUUCACAUCAUCCAGCUGGGAUAGCGAUCCUGCUUUCGCCGGAUAACACCUGCCGACCCAUCCAACAACGGACCACACAGACGGGAAAUUCAGAGCGAUGUCGCUGCGGCUCGGUUCGUCGCCCGUUGGGAUCCCGGACGGGUCUCGCAUGCGAGCGACCGCGCACCACCAGCUCGGGUCGACUUUCUUCGGCGGCCUGCCGCUGGAGAUCCGGGACAUGAUCUACGGCGAGUGCUGGGCGGCCUCCGGCCUCCGGCAGCACGUGUUCCUCCGCGGCGGGCGGCUGACGCACGCGCCCUGCGUCCUGGCGCCCGGCGAGGCCGACGCGCGGCUCGACGAGCUGCGGCGCAUGCUGCAGGCCCGGGACGCCCCGCGCCGGCCCUGCGCUCGCCCGCUCGCCCUGGGCGAGAGGUGGGCCGCGCGGUUCUCGUCGCCCUGGCACGAGCACUGGCGCUGCGAAGAGGAGGAGGCGAAGGCGAAAGCGACGGCGGGAGCCGAGGCGAGUCCCGCACGUCGGAGCCUUCCGUCGUCUCCGAGGCGCACGCUCUUCCUGCCCAUCCUCCUGGCGUGCAAAAGAACGUAUCUCGAGGCGCGCCCGGGCCUCUACGCCGCGGUGUGCCUGACCUUCACGGACCUGGGCGCGGCGCACGCGUGCCUGGCGCUGUCGCCGGCGACGACGGCGGCGCAGCUGCGCUCGCUCGCCUUCUCGCUCGCGCUGCCCCUCGACGCGCUGCACCGGCACCGGCUGCGCGACGCCCCGGGGCCCUGGGCCGAGCUCUGCACCGCGCUGUCGGACCUCGUGCGCUUCGCCGCCCUGCGCGAGGUCACCAUCCGGCUGGGCCUCGCGCCCGCCUCGGACGAGGGCGGCGGCGGGCAGCAGGAGCUGGAGCUGGAGCGCGCCUGGUGGCAGGUGCGCGAGCGCUGGGCGCUCAGCGCCGUGCGCGGCAUGCUCGCGCGGCGCCUCGUCGUCCAGCUCCCGCGCGUCGAGCCGACGCAGCGCCGCCCGGGCUGGCUACAGCCGUACAACUACCCCGACGAGGGCGGCGGCAGCGGCGGCGGCGUGGCAGAGGUGCCGUUCCGCCGGCUCGAGCGCUACAACGCGCUGCCGCCCAUGAGGCUGCGUCGGGACGGCCGCGUGGAGCCGCGAAUGGACGCCCCGCGCUCUCCGACCUCGCCAGGGUAUAGGGGAGGCCGGCUUCGGCGCUCUGUUCCUGCUGCCGCGGGCAGGGAUGGGAGGACAAGGUUGCGGAAGGCGACGAGAGGCGUGAUGGAAUUGGUGGCGGGGCUCGGGUCCAAUUAGACAUCCCUGAGCGAAAAUAGGUUAUGGUAAAUGAGACGAGUUGGUGGCUCUACGAUUCGUUAGGUUUGAGGACGGUAGUUUGAUGUUUAGACGACGUCGCGACGGUAGUUGAGCGGUGGCUCGGAUGGGGACGGUGAGCGGGACGGUGGGUAGGUCCUGGUCGGUAUCUUCCAGUCGUAGCUUAAUCUGCGCACCCUGUGCCAGGACAUGGGAUGACACGACGCCGAGUUUAUCUAGGCCUUGUCCUAGAUUUUGCUGGUAGACGUAUCUGGAGAGGGUGAGAUACGAGUCGAGAAACACGC